AUGAUCGUGAACGCCAAGCAAUGGGUUCUUAAUAAGGAGCCAACACCAGGUCUUCCAUUCAAUUUCGAAAUUAAUACUCAAAAUUCAACAUUCAAGCUGAUCAGAAAAGAAUUGAAUUCCGAUGAUCUAAAAGAUAAUCAAAUUCUUGUAGAAACAAAAUAUCUUUCGAACGAUCCAGCUCAAAAGUUUUGGAUUGCAACAGCUGAUAAAGCAUAUGCUGCUGGUGUGAAAAAGGGUGAUCCAAUUCAGGCAAGAGGUAUUGGUAAAGUGUUAGCUUCAAAAAACGAAAAAUUUAAAGUUGGUGAUUUUAUCACAGGCAGAGUCUGUUGGACGACACACAUUAUAAUUGAUGAUAUACCAAAAAAUGAGCUAUACAAAAUUGAUACUAGUAACGGUGAAUUAUGGUGGCAUCUUUCAGUUUUGGGUGGUACUUCCUUAACAUCAUAUUUCAUAUUUUACAGAUACUUGAAAAUGAAAGAGACUGAAGAAAAUUAUGGCAAAGUAGCGUUGAUUUCAGGUGCUGCUGGUGCAGUAGGCUCUACUUGUAUCCAAAUUGCACUAAAUGUCUUCAAGGCUUCGAAAGUCGUUGCCAUUGCAGGCGGUCCAGAGAAAGUGAAAUAUGUAGAAUCCUUCGGUGACAAAGUUAUUGGAGUUGAUUACAAAGACCCAAAUUUCAAAGAAAACCUCGCAAAGGCAGUUGGCGGUGCCAAUACAGUUGACUAUUUCAUCGAUAAUGUUGGAGGAGACAUUUUGGAUUAUUGUGUUAAUUUCUCAAAACCUAAUACUAAGGUAAUCGCCGUGGGCUCAAUUAGCGGUUACAAUGACCCAGAGAAAUUCGCAUUCAAGAACUAUGGUGCAGUGAUUACCAAGAGACUGAAUGUCAGAGGUAUAUUACUAUAUGAUAACUACGAACAGUUUUCACAAGCGUUUGCUAAGUUGAAUGAGAUGAUCUCUAAAAACCAACUUAAUGUUGAAGAUUCGGCCACUAUUUGUGAUGCUCUAAAUGAAAAAUUCGUCAGUGUUCCAGAUAUUUGGAACGGGUUAUUUAGUGGUAUAAAUAAGGGUAAGUUAAUAACUAGAGUCAGCAGUAGCGAUAGCUGA